GUCAGUGCCGAGGACGUCAGAGGAAGCUGUCUACAGCUGGUGUAUGUGACAGAGGAGCCUCGAUCUUCUUCUUCUUCGCCUCAUGAAGCUUGUUUAGAAACCAACACAUCUUCAGAAAACUGUGGACCCAAAGAGUCAGGACAGUACCCAUCCACGCCCUGCUAGACUGGGCGACCUGCUGGAACAGCUCAUAUCUCCUUACCCCUCCACCUCCAGCCCACCACCACCAUGCUGCAGCAGAUACUAAAGGACAUGUACAUCGACCCUGAUGUGCUGGAGGCCCUGAACGAGGACCAGAAGAAGACCUUGUUCCUGAAGAUGAGACAGGAGCAGGUGCGGCGUUGGAAGGAACGUGAGGAGAAAGAAGAACGCAGACCAAAGCCAAGUACAGGUACUAACCUCACCCCUCCUUACCUCUCCUGCUACAUCUUCCUGUGUGACAGGAGGCUGUGUAACAUUUGUGCAAAAAAGUAUAAUUACCUGCUUAUGAAAUAAGCCUACAAACACGUUUCAUUGAAACCUACCCAUCUGGUCUUCCUAAAGCCAGAUACAUCAGGCAAGUCACAGAUAUGUUGGUGUGUUUUUUUUGUUGUUGCUGUGGAUUAACUAAUAUGGAGCUGCCUUGUGAAGUUGAGCUGCAAGCAUGUGGCUUACCUCUGAGAAACAUCCUGUGAGGUGCUUGAGGCUACUGCCAAUGUUUCAGUAUCAACUGCUGCAUGUUGGCAGGCCCUCUGUAUGUGGGUCUGUGUCUGCCUGCAAGUAGGUUAUGCACUUUGUUUCAAUGAGAUGGCAUUAUCUGUUUAUAUUAUGAGUGUCAGCCAGCCUGAGAGGAGGUAAUGGCUGAAAAGUCUUCUGUUAAAUCACUACCUGCAGUUUCUCACCAGUUGUACCAUUUACCAUCACAAUAGGAACACUGGAGGGUAUGUGGAAGUAGCCGGCCUCAUGUAGCAUCACUGGGGUGAGAGAAAUAGGUCUUCAACUCGGGUUUCUAGUCACUUCCAAUAACAACUAUGUCUGGGAGAGUAGGCCUACUGCCAGAUCAGGAUGUGACACUGCUAUCUCAUUUGAGGAAAUUACAUACUUACAGCUGAUUCACCCUUAGUUGAUUGAAUUGUUGGUUCACUAAUCAAUCGUUUUUAAAGGGGCAUUAUCAGUGAACACAGCCCAUCUGAGACGAAGCUGUCCACCCACUAGACACACACAACAAACAGGCGUCAUACUGAAUCUGAUGCACUCAACAACAAUAGAAAAGAAUGUCUAAUCAUAAUAUGUCUGGCUGCUUUUCCGUGCGUGUGUGUGUGUACAAUGCCCUGCUUUAGAUCAUCUUGUCCCCAGUGAAGGACUAGUGUGUGCGAGGGAGAGGUGUCUGGAAUGUGUGUGCGUGUGUCGGAAAAACAGAUAACAGAUUCAAAUAGGAACAUGCGAUAGACAGAACUAGUGGCAGUUUCACAGAGUAUAUCUUCUACUGUAUGUUAGAGAGGGGAUCAUGUUUUCUUGUAUUGUGUAUAUCAGCUAGAGUAGAAGGCUCAUUACAUACAUAACUACAAACAGAGAAAAUGCAGGCUGUAAUUCUAUCCUGAAACUGGUUUGGUGUACUGCAGAAUCUUGCCUGUCUGCAUUUUCUUUCUGUUGGUCGCCAGUCCCUGUAUGAGAAAUCUGUGUCGUAAUGACUUGGUUCACAAUGUACUUUCCCUUGGCAUUCCACUGAAAGAAUCUGAGAUCACAAGACAAACCCCAGAGCUUCUAAUUGAGAAGUUUGGUCGAGAGAGAUUUGCAACAGUGGAUGAAAACGAGUCUCUGUGAUGGCUGGCUGUAGGUCACUGUAGCACAUGUCAGUUUGUGCAUUGAUUCUGCCUGACGUGUGUGUCAGAUCAGGAGGAAGUCUUUUCUUGGCUGCCGUUGACAACAAAGCACUGAUUAUCAACCAACUGAAUGUCAGACAGGGAGGAGGGAGAACAGUGGCCUCUCUCUGCUAACGACCAGGGCAGCUGUUCCUACAAGUCAAUGGCCCCCCGAUAGACACUGCAGUGUUACACACACACCCCAAUACACACUGCAGUGUUACACACACCACACUGGACUAUAGGGUUAGAGACCCUUUUAUAGCACAUCUCAUAGUCACAGUUCACGUUGAAACAUGAAGUGUUUGGAGACUGUUGCAGACCUAGUUUGGUGGUUCUUGAUGUGAAGCAGAGGAAAUGGUGGUCUGUUACAAGCACAGGACCCAGGUGUCUGUGCAAAGCAGGAAGUGACUCCAGGCCCACUGGCCCAUUCCUUCCAAAUAUGAACUGCGAACAAAGCAGGAAGCGCGCAGGACAUGGUGGAGAACAAAAAGAGACAGCUCAAUGAAAUGGCUUUGACCAUGUCUUAGUGCACACGGUAGAAAAGGUUUUGUGUUUUUCUUCUGUUCAGUUAUGUUUAUGUCAUUUAGUUUGGGGUGUAUAUACUGUAGUUAAUGUGUUGAAUGUUUGUGUAACUACAUAGUGUAGCGUGUACAUGUAGUAUGUGUACAUCUGUAUAAUAUGUAGCAUUUAGGCUACAUGACUAGUGCUGUGUAUGACAGUUUUGCACUACGUCUUGGCGUGUAAGUACCCAUUGUAUGUGUUCCUGUAUGUGGUUAGGUCCAUUUUUGGUUUGUGUCUGAGCUUUGAGCACAGAACGUGGCAGACUGGUGACGUUUGCUAGUGGCAGAUGAUAGACUGAAGUGCAGGGCGGGGCGUCUUAUUGCCACAGUAACUAGUCCAACCUAUCCCUGAACGCUCCACAGAUAUGCAGAUUUCAGGAAUAUAGUACGUACUAAAUCAGAAAUGGCACUGUUUGCGUUACAAACUGGAGGGGAACAUGACUUCGGCCCGGGGUUUAUGAGGGUCUCAGAACAGAGGGGGUGGGAUGUGAGUCAAGGCAUGAAGGAGUAUUGGGACAGGGUUCCGAGAGUCCAGAGCGCCAAUUUGACAAGUGUGAAGUCACACAUCCCAAGUCCCACAUUGUCAGCUCUAGUUAGUGUCUUGCAUGUUGAGAGAAUUGUCUGUUUGCCUACGGUGUGUUUGCCUAGCUAGUAUGUUUUGACUUGCCUGGGCUGAGUCCAGGGCAUGUCAUCGUGGUUUUCCCCGGUGGAAUGCCCUGUAUUUGCCGCAGGACAGGCUGGCAGAACCAGUUCGCUGGUAAUCUGCUCUGGAGGAGUGCCUCUCCUUCUUUUCAACCCAAACCCUCACGAUUCAGAAAAGUUGAAUGUCCUCAAUGAGGCAAUUCGUUUUGUAGCAAUCACAAUACAUACAUAUUUAAAAACAACAUCAGAAUAGCAAAGGAUAUUUACAAGCAAGUAGGCUGGAUAAGUGCCUCUACUGAUCCUCUACUGAUCCGGUGUGUGUGUGUGUGUGUGUGUGCUGUUUUUUUUUCUCCAAGAAGGAACAUUUCUCAGCCUUAACUCAGUGUAGUCACGUCAUAUUAUUCAAUGAUGUGGUGGCUUUUCUCUUCUUUUUCCAUCUGUUCCACUGCUGUCCAUAUAUGGAGCCCAUCAUUGUCUGUUUACCACAGAAACAUAAAUAUUAAAAAUCUUGGUUUUGCUCAUUUGGUAAGAAUGUCUCUUUCUCUGUUGCGUCCAAUAAUAUAACUCCAGUGUGUGUUUGUGUGUCCCCUGUAGCCAACAGUAAGAAUGUGAGCUGGUUGCUGGGCAGGGAUGGAGAUGUUGCGGUCAUGGUGAUUGGAGAGAUGGAUGAGCUGAAGAACUCUAAACUCAUCUGCUCAGGGCCUGUGGAGAGGAAAGCACCACCAAGCCUGCACAAUAACACACGGUACGGACACCUCCGCAAUACCAGCAGUGAUUUUACCUGCAGUUCUGUGGAGUUGUGAUAGUGGUAUCAAAUUGAGUGAGUGGUUGGUUUUUGUGUUUGACAUUUUCUAUUAUCCCUGUUUUGAUUUUCCUGUCUGGUCCUGUCUGUCCAUCUGCAGACACCAGACAACCCCCCUAAAGAGCAACCUGAUAAACAGAACAGCCUCAGAAUCUAUCAGAACUGGGAGAGAGAACCUGCUUCCCAAAACACAGCCAGGGAUACAACUCAAUUUAAAGGUGAGAGUGUGUGUGUGUGUGUGUGUGUGUGUGUGUGUGUGUGUGUGUGUGACCUUCCUGUUGCUGUCAUUAAUCUCGGACACAGCUGAGGGCCAGUGAGACGAGGGAGAGUCAUCGCUCAGCAGCCAAAUAAAUCACCCCUUCUAUCUCUCCCUCUCCUGACUCUUCCCUCACUCAUCCCCCUCUCUUCUCCUCCCCAUUGUUACCUCCAACACUCGCAAAAGACCUCUCUCCCUCUUCUCUUUCAACCACAUCCUCCUCCAUCCCUCCCUUCCCUCUCUCCAUCCUGUCUUCCACUUUGUUUUGUACAGGCCCUGUCAUUAUCUCCUCCCUAUUGCAUGUGUGUUUUCCGCUAUCUGUGAGUCAACGGAGGCUGCUGAGGGGAGGACGGCUCAUAAUAAUGGCCGGAAUGGAGUAUAUGGAAUGGCAUCAAACACCUGGAAACCAUGUGUGUGAUGUAUUUGAUACUAUUCCGCUCCAGUCAUUACCACGAGCCCGUUCUCCCCGAUUUAAGGUGCCACCAACCUCCUGUGCGGUGAGUCCUUAGUGUGUGUGUAUGUGCCACCCCUGUGUGUUUGCGUAAAUCUAUAUGUGUAAAUUAAGUAUUUUAAUGAAGUGUGUAGGAGGGGGAGUGAUUAUUAUGUAUUGUUUAUUAUGUGUUAUAGUAAACCCUGCAUAUUUGGUUUGACCCUAGAAAUUUGAACCAAACCAUGAAAUUGAGAAGCGUGCUUGUGUCACAUGUAUUGUGUGUGUGUGUGUGUGUGUGCUGGGAGAGGUUACCUCCGUUUUCACGCUAUCUUAAAAAGAGGGAGAAGAUUUGCAGCGUUGGCAUGGCAACCCUUUGCACAUUGUGAGCGCAGGCCAUGGUGGACACUCUGUUUCGCCUGUAGAGCAUACCAGUGCCCAUCCCAGGCACCCACGGCGGGUACCGCAAACAGAACAUCAGAAAUGUUUAUAGAAUAGUCCGAAUAAGCACAAAGAAAUGAAUCUAAAUAGGCCUUGUGCCGGUCUUCAGUGUGCUUACACUGUAAGUAGGAAUACUUUAUACAUUUGUUGGACACCCAUAACAGGUUCCAGUCAGAGAAAGUCAAGUGUGUUUAAAUCUGUCAUACCAGCUGACAUGUUCCUGCUAUUCCAACAGGAGAACAGUGAGGAAGUGAGGACAUUGCCCCCUCUACAGGUAUGUUUAUAUACUGCACAUAUCAGUGCUUUGUCUGUCUGCUCAGGAGUUAUUAGUUACCCAGUAAUGCCUGUGUUUGUGUGUUCAACCCACAGGUGUCAGUGAGUGAGCAGCAGCCACCUGCAGCACUGGAAAAAGUAAGUACUAUAUGAACACAUUUGUGAGUUUGGGUUCUGUACAUAAGGGUUUGUUAUGUACACUAUGAGGACAUUUGUUUUGUUUAUGCUUUGAUAAAGGUAGGUAUGCAGCAAUGUAACAGUAUUAAUACUGAAUAAAACGACUAUUAAUACAUGUAAUCAAGUGUAAUUUAAACAAAGACAGGAAAGCACAACAUUAGUCUCAUAGUAUUCCUGGCCUAGGUAUGGGGUUGAGAAAGCAACAAAUGAGUCAUUCUCUCAGUGGUGCUAGCAGGGGCAGGUUUCAGCACGAAUAGCUAUGAUACAGACAUAGAUGGUUAGAAUUUGAAAAACGUGUUCAAAUAUCCUGGCUAAGUGUGGUUUGCAUCUCACUAAUCCACCCUACAGCUCUCCUAAAUAUGUCUUGAUCACGUCUGUGACUCUUCUGGACACCCACACCCUUUUUCUCUCUCUUUCCCUAUCACCCUCUCUUUUUCUCUCUUUCCCUCAUUCCAGGGUGCGGAGGUUAGGCCAGCUGUCCCUUCACUCUCAGCUCUCUCCAGAUCCUCUUUCUCCCAGCUGUCUCUCUCUCUCUCUCUCUCUCUCUCUGUUCCAGCCGCUCCUGGCCGCCUCACCCCUCAUACCUCUCUCUCCGUCUUUCUGGGGGAGCAGCUGAACUGUAGCAGUCCCCCAGUAUGUAUGUCAUCGCUCUCUACCACAUGCUGCAAUGGGACUGGGUUGGGGUGGGGUGAAGUGGAAUGAAGGGUGUUUCGUCGUGUGUGUGUGUGUGUGUGUGUGUGUGUGUGUGUGUGUGUAAGAGGAGCUGAAUCACUGGAGCUUGGUUGGGUUUCUGGGCUCCUCUGGAGCAGAUGGUUGAUCAGGGAAUUAAAACGCCAGAGACAGGGAGGGUGUCAGUCACAGAUGGAUGGGAUUGUGGGAUUGUCUCCUGAGGUUUGCGCAGGGGAGAUCUCCUUUCCUCUCUUCUCUUCUCCUACUGCACGCAGCCAAGCCGAACCACAGGAGAAAACUCUCUAUCACUCCGUUCAUGCAUCCUUACACAAGCCUCCUCCCAAACAUACCACUGCACGUCUCUGCCAACCCAUGUCAAAGUCCCAAUGCACAACCCCACCCUAUUAUUAAAUAUGAUUGGUCUGAGAGACCGAGAUUCUCAAUUAAAUCUAUUUUGUGUGAUGUUGUCCAACACUUACUGUAUAUGAAAGCAUUCCGUCAAACCUCUCAGUAACCUAAAGACAUUUGAUUCAGGUAGAAGAACUGUUGCUGAAUAUGCAAAUCAAAUGGUACGAAUGAAUCAGACACUGACUGUUCUUUCCUGUUUCCCCAGCAAGCUGAGUUGAAGCAGGAUUUAGAGGUAGACGCUCCGGAGGAGAAGCCAGUCCUCCCGUCCUACAGACCUCACUCAAGAGCUGGCCCUGCCAACCUGAGGCUGGAUACCACGCUGUCCCCUGUCCCCAAGAACUUCACAAUCACACCAUCCCCUGUCCCUACCGUCACACCGUCUCCUCUCCCCAGCACCGUAACAGUGUCUUCUGUCCCCAGCAGUGUCACACCGUCUCCUGUCUUGAGCAGUGUCACACAGUCUCCUGUCUUGAGCAGUGUCACACCGUCUCCCGUCUUGAGCAGUGUCACACCGUCUCCUGUCUUGAGCAGUGUCACACCGUCUCCUGUCUUCAGCAGUGUCACACUGUCUCCUGUCCCCAACAGUAAUGCCAUAAGAGAUGCUCUAGAGAAGAGCACUGCCAAAGCACGCGCUCCAGUGAAGACCGUCACACCGUCUCCUGUCAUCCCCACCAUCACACUGUCCUCUGUCCCCAAGACCAUCACAUCCUCCCCCGUCCCUAGCUGUGUCAAAACGUCUCCUGUCCCCAGCUCCACUCCGUCCCCUGUCCCCAGUGUCUCACCAUCCCCUGUCCCCAGCUCCACUCAAUCGCCUUUCCACAGGACCGUCACUCCAUCCCCUGUGGCUAGCAGCACGGCCAUAAGAAACGCUCUAGAGAAGAGCACCACCAAUACACAUGGUCCAGAGAAGACGACCGUCGUCCCGCUGUCCGUCACAACCAGACUCCACCCAGAGGAGCCGGCUGAGCCCCACCCCCAGGAGACAGCCUGCAGCAGAGGUAAGAGAGUAGAGCAGCAUGGGAGAUUGGGUCCCCUCCAUAGAGAUCUCUACUUGGAAGUGACCUGUUUUAGCAUGAACAUUGCCAUUAAGGGCUUCCACCAUUUUAAAGUAAUCAACUGGGUGGGGAUUCCUAUGGGUUGGGAGCAAUCAGACAUUGAUCAGAGCAUUAUCUUCUUCAAAUUGGGUUGUACGGUUCGUAAAUGCUUUAAGCUAUAUUAUAGUGGCCACAAUAAAUGA